AUGCCUACUUGCGUCGGUCGUACAAAUUCAUACGACAGAUCCUCUCCAGAGGACUCUGCUCCAGAUAGCGCCCAGGCUACGCUGGCCGUACGCGAAAGACGCAAUACACGUGACGCUUCGGUAUCGAAACGAAAAAGAGCGGACACAACGACUGGGGGCGGUUCCAACCAGCGUCAGCGGACGACCGAGCCCCGAGCUGAGGAUGAUGGGGAAGACGGUGAAGACGAGGAGAGAAAUGACUCGGACGGCGGAAGCGACAUCUACGACCCCGACCAGCCCCUCGAAGAGCGCCGCGAGGUCCAGCGAGGGUUUCGUAACCUGCUCAAAGACAUAACCGAGAAUUCGGAAGAGUACCUUCAGACCAAUUCUACUGGCCUCAGAGACACCAUUGCUCGUGCGGACGAGUACCUGAAGAAAGUCAGGAGACCCGGCGAAGCAGCAAGCGACUCGCGGUUGCUGGUCAGCACAACCGAUCUAUCAUACCGCAGGACCCUGCGGUUAGCACAAGGCAGCUCCGCCCAGGGGCUCGACGUGGACGAAUUUGUGUCAAAAUGCAUCAUCUACAUGCGACAGGGCGGAGGCAUUGUUGACGAUGACGCUGCCGAAUUGUCAUCCACGCAGAGGCAUCGCAGACAAUCUCGAGGUCAGCGCGCGACGGGCGGGGAAGAGGACGAGGACGAGGACGGCGACAUGAUGAAUUGGCCGCAUCUUGGACGGUUCGCUGUUCAACCGCACAUUCGGAGACCAGCGUUACCGGGAUUCCUCCUCGGACCUUUGUCUUUGGAGAAGAAAGUCCGCAAGAUCACGAAGCGAUCUGCGCCCUUCCGUCCAGGCAACCUCGAAGAAACACGGCCCGAAGUACUGAAUGUGUCCGAUUUCGAAACAAGGGAGAAUGACCUGACAGCUCUCUGUGGCAAGAUCCUACAGCGGCUGCAGACGGUCCAGCAGGCAAAGCAGGAGAUCCUCCAAGAGCUCAUCACCGAUGAUAUCUCCGAGGAUGAAGCAGAGCGGCUCAUGCACGAGCAAGGACUCCGAAACACAGGUGGCGUGGACCUUAUGAGGUUCGUGACAAACCCUCGGUCCUUUGGGCAGACUGUGGAAAACAUGUUCUAUGUCAGCUUUCUUAUCCGGGACGGGAGGGCACAAAUCGAAUACGACAAGCAUGGCAUUCCAGCAUUAUCGAUUGUGUGGAAGGACGAAGAGGCCGAGCCGCGGAGCCGUUCCAACGCGGCUAAACAUCAGGCGAUCCUGUCCAUGGACAUGGCUACAUGGCAAGAGAUCGUGCAGACCCUAGAAAUUGAAGAGCCCAUGAUAGAGCACCGGGUAGAGACGCACCAGAGGGGCCCAGGUGCGCGAGGUUGGUACAGCUGA